UGUCGAAGAAUUCAUACGUUUUUGUAAUAAUCCGCUGCGAUAAAUCUGUGAACAAACAUUAUUGACACUAGGGACAGUGUUAUAGCGGCAUAGAGUGCUUGGAAGCCCUCACUUUCAUCGUAGUGGGGGUCGUUUUGCUGUUGUGGAGCAAGGUACAACUAAAGUGAAGGUGGCUGUGAACGCUUGAGUCGCGAGUCGGUUACCGAGUUGCGUGACUAUAGGUUGUGUUGCGUUCGUACCGUGAUGUCCCGGUGGUGGCUGGUGGUCGUUUUGGCAGCGAGUGGUGUGGCAGCGGGUACCCGCCUGCCGCGGACCUCGCUUCCUGCUUCAACGCCCGCGCAUACUCCCGUUACGUCAAACCCUCCGCGUCUACCGCAACGGAACUUUACUAUCUCAUCACGAUCCUCAGUCAGGAACAGAGAGCAGUAUAUCUUCAAUAUAUUUGAGGUUAUAGUGAGUACCUUAGAGACAAAACUUCAAAGAAUAGAAAAUUUGGAUAAAGCCGUUGAACAUCUUAUGAGAAGAGUAGAGGCUUUAGAUUCGCGAGUUAACGAUAACAUUAUUAAAACUGACGCAAUAAUAUCUAAAUUAGGAAACCUAGACUUCAAGUUGUUUAGCAGAAUUAGACAAGAUGAAGAAGAAAUUGUGACUGAAAAUGUUCACAAAAAACAUAAUGAUAAUAGAAUAAGCAACUCUCAAUUACUUGAUAAAAAACUAGAAUCUUUAGAUCAAAAAGUAUCUGACAUUGACUCUAAACUAGUAGGCCUUAAAACCCAAAUUGAUAAUAACUUUUUACCGGUUGAUGAUAUUAACGCUGAAGCAAGUGAAAAAAAGCCUAUCAACCUUAACGUUAUCGAAAUAGCGAAGGGUUUAAAUACAGAGGUCAUAAAUGAAAUAACGAAAGAAGUAGAUCAAUUAAGAACAUCAAUGACAACAGUUGAUAGGAAAUUGCAAUUCCAUAUUAACCUUGUUUCAGAAAAUCUAGGAAAGGUCUUAUAUAUGAUGGCAGAUGUUCACGCCGCUAUAGUAGAACCCGAAUCAGCAUCAAUUAAUGUCAAUAGCAUUUUUAAAAACCGUAAUGCCACAAGUACACCUUCGCCAGUUUCUAAAACUAAUAAAAUAGAUACAUUGGUCAACAAAAUUAUACCCAUGAUGAGCGUAUCAGAGAAAAUGGAUGAGGUGUGGGAUGUGGUAGUUGGCACAAAAAGUUCUGUAGAUGAUUUAGUGCCAAAGUCAGAUGAACUACUGACUCAAACACAAAGACAAGAGCGAGCUAUUGGUCAGAUUCAUAAUGAUUUACGUUUAAAAACAAAUCUCAUUAUUGAAAAUCUAGAUAUGGUUGAGAAACGAUUAAAAAAGCAGGAAGAUGAUGUAGCAACCCUCGCACAACGACCAGUGCCGGCGGAAUUAUUACUAGACCCGACUAUAGAUCGACUAGUAGAGUAUGGACCCAACAGAUACAGAGUAGACGAGCCUUCAACAGAUCCAAGCACAAGUACAGCUGCCUUUACUACGCCAUCCAUUUCAACAGCUAAUAAUAGCCCGAGCAGUCCCAGUAACUCAAGCACAAGUUCAAGCAGCGCAACGGCGACGGUGACCCCCGCCAGCACUGGACCAACGAGCCCUCGUCCCACCAGCCGUAAAGGCGGCAUCAUCUUUCCAAGCGUGAAAAACAAACCAAUUAUUGGCAACAACACAUUCGCUUCGGAAAUUGUCGCCAACUAUAAGGAUGUUAAAGGUUAUUCCUGUGUGGACCUGCUGAAUGCUGGCAUGCGAGAUUCUGGCGUAUACUAUCUUCAGAUUCGUGGUACAACGUAUUGGUUCCUCAAGGUCUUUUGUGAACAAGCUAUAGCUGAUGGUGGCUGGACUGUUAUACACCGUCGUGAUGAUUUCGGUACACCUGCUGAAAAUUUCAACAAAGAUUGGAGUGAUUAUAAAAACGGUUUCGGUGAUCCCAGCAAGGAAUUUUGGCUUGGAAAUGAAAACAUAUAUAUGCUCACUAAUAACGAUGAUUACAUGCUUCGCGUAGAACUGGAAGAUUUUGAUGGUAACAAGAGAUACGCACAGUAUUCGCACUUCAAAAUAUAUUCUGAAGCGGAAUACUACAAGCUUGAAAUAGAUGGAUAUGAGGGGAACGCCGGAGAUUCCCUUAAUGACCCCUGGUACGGAUCCAAUAAUAGCCCCUUCUCAACUUACAACAGGGAUAAUGACAGAUCGUCAUUAAACUGCGCUUCAAUGCUGAAAGGUGGUUGGUGGUGGAAAUCAUGUGGUCGCGGAUUGAAUGGAUUGUAUCUUCAUGAUCCGCAAGAUCUUACAGCCAGGCAAGGUAUUGUAUGGUUCCGUUGGAGAGGCUGGGAUUACACGCUUAAAAAAGCUUCUAUGAUGAUCAAGCCCAAAGGUAUUCAACCGGCAACGUGAACACUCACUCAUUCCCGAACUAUUUUCGUUUCUUAUUAGCCUGUUAUCUGUUUUUGUGUGGUACCAAUCAAUACUCGAGAAUAUCAGAGUUACACUCUUUAUCAUUUUUUAAAUUUAAUAACUUAAAACAUAUUUUAUACAAUGAGACAAUCCGGAAAUCUUAAAUAGAACUUAUAUUGUCUAAAUGUCCAUAAUCUAUGAUCAACAACAACAAAAUAAAACUAAAAAGAUAUGCAAUAUUAAGGCCAGUAUAUUCGAUCACUCAGCACUAAAGCCUCGUAGAGCAAUUUAUUCUAAAUUUGACAGAUAAAUUUUUUGAAUUUGACCCUUUUUUUAAACCAAUGUUUACUAAAUUUCAUGAAAGAAGUUUUAUGUUUUUAUGAUUGAGUCUAUUGGUUAUAUUGGUAGAAGAUGUGAUCAUUGUCAAAAAACAUCUAUUUUGAAUAUCCUGCCCUUAAAAUCGGCUGGUAUAAUAAUAUUUAGUACAAAAAUGUGUUGCUAAAAUGUUUAAGAUAUUCCAAGUAUUUUAAAAAUUGGUCCACAUAAUGAACCUAGAUGGCUACUGAUGCUCAAAUAAUAAGACGAUAAAUAUAGAGCUCCAUGUAAAUAAUAUUUAAAUCCUCACAAAAUUGUCAUUCGCCAUUAUAUCACUUAUCUUUGUAAAUACCUGAAAACUGAAUGCGCCACUGGGCCCACACAACUUGUACUAUUCAUUAAUUUAUUAUUCAUAAAUUGAGACAUUUUUCAUAAAUUAGAAUUAUGUUAGUUAUAAGAAAUUGUUUUAAGAUGUACAUAACUGUAAAUUUAUUAUACUUAUGAAUA